GUGAGGUGAUAACGUUCUGUAUUGUAUCAGAUCUGUGGGAAGUCUUACAGCUGGAAGAAGGACUGGUACUCCCACGUCAAGUCCCACAGCGUGGCAGAGCCUUACAGGUGUAAUGUCUGUGGUAAGGAGUUCUUUGAGAAGGCUCUGUACAGGAGACACGUGAAGAAGGCCACGCACGGCAAGAAGGGCCGAGUAAAGCAGAACCUAGAGAGAGAGUGUGAACACUGUGGCAGGAAGUUCACCCAGCUCAGAGAGUACAGACGACACAUGAACAACCACCAGGGAGUCAAACCCUUCGAGUGCCUGACGUGCGGCGUAGCCUGGGCCGACGCCCGCUCUCUGAAGAGACACGUACGUACCCACACCGGCGAGCGCCCUUACGUGUGCCCCGAGUGCCAGGAGGCCCACAUCGAUGCCCGCUCCCUACGGAAGCACAUGACCAAGUACCACGGCGACCUCCUGCCGGGGAAGAUCAUGCUGGAGAAAGAUACGCUACAGUUUCACAAUCAGGGUACUCAGGUCGAACACGCCGUCUCCAUCCUGGCGUCCGAUCUCCCCCCCGAGCUCCGGCCCGUCCAGCCGCCGCCGGCCGAGGAGAUCGAGACGGUGCUGAUCACGGAGGAGACUGUGGAGGCGGUAGAAGAGGUUCAGGCUGUACAGGGUGACGGGGUCGCGACCUUGUCGGACCAGAGUAUCAUGCAAGUGGUGAACUAUGUGCUGUCCCAGCACAGUGUGCUGCCUGGGGGGGUGAAGAUGGAGGGAGAUGAAUGGCAGGAGGUUACACAGACCAUGGAGCAGCAGGAGGUAAUACAGACCGUGGAGCAGCAGGAGGGAGAUGAAGGGCAGGAGGUUACACAGACCAUGGAGCAGCAGGAGGUAAUACAGACCGUGGAGCAGCAGGAGGGAGAUGAAGGGCAGGAGGUUAUACAGACCAUGGAGCAGCAGGAGGUAAUACAGACUGUGGAGCAGCAGGAGGUAAUACAGACUGUGGAGCAGCAGGAGGUAAUACAGACUGUGGAGCAGCAGGAGGUUAUACAGACUGUGGAGCAGCAGGAGGUAAUACAGACUGUGGAGCAGCAGGAGGUUAUACAGACCUUGGAGCAGCAGGAGGUAAUACAGACUGUGGAGCAGCAGGAGGUUAUACAGACCUUGGAGCAGCAGGAGGUUAUACAGACUGUGGAGCAGCAGGAGGUUAUACAGACCUUGGAGCAGCAGGAGGUAAUACAGACCUUGGAGCAGCAGGAGGUAAUACAGACUGUGGAGCAGCAGGAGGUUACACAGACCGUGGAGCAGCAGGAGGUAAUACAGACCGUGGAGCAGCAGGUUACACAGACCAUGGAGCAGCAGGAGGGAGAUGAAGGGCAGGAGGUAAUACAGACCAUGGAGCAGCAGGAGGGAGAUGAAGGGCAGGAGGUAAUACAGACCAUGGAGCAGCAGGAGGUAAUACAGACCAUGGAGCAGCAGGAGGGAGGUGAAGGGCAGGAGGUAAUACAGACCGUGGAGCAGCAGGAGGUAAUACAGACCUUGGAGCAGCAGGAGGAUACACAGACCUUGGAGCAGCAGGAGGUUACACAGACCUUGGAGCAGCAGGAGGUUACACAGACCUUGGAGCAGCAGGAGGAUACACAGACCUUGGAGCAGCAGGAGGAUACACAGACCUUGGAGCAGCAGGAGGAUACACAGACCUUGGAGCAGCAGGAGGUUAUACAGACUGUGGAGAUGACUCACAUGGCAGAGGUGGAAUGAUGUGACAGACAGCACCUAGUAGACUGACUCAGUCACUAAGCCAGCGGUUCCCAAACUCGGUGCACAUUUUGGCUUUUGUUCUUAACACGACACAGCUAAUUAAAACGACCAACUCAUCAUGAAGCUUUGAUCAUUUGAAUCAGAUGUGUAGUGCUAGGCCAAAAACCAAACAUGCCCCCCCCCCCCCUUUUUGGCACAUUU